CUGUUACUUCGGCUGAUCUUUCUCGACAAAUUUUGCCAAAAUUCUUGGGCCUUAUCUUCAACUACUUUUCCCAACUAUAUAUACACCUGUAACAUCCAAACUCCGCCGAAAUCAAUUGUAAAAUUGUUGAAAAUGUCAGUUGCUCUAUACACUUCGUAUAGUCGCUCCUCAAUCUCUACGCUCUCUCUCCCACCCAAAUAUUGCUCUCCCAUCAAAACCCAUUUUCGAAUAGAUCAAAGCCUUCGAUUUCCGCCAUUAACACAUGCUCUAAAGCUUCAAGGCCCAACCACAAGAGGACUCUGCAGCAUAUGCUGUUAUAAGGACAAUGAUUCAAAAGAAUCCGUGGAAAAGGAUAAGGGAUUAGAUUGGCGAAUAUUGAAACGUUGGGAUGUGCCAUGGAAUUGGCAAACGAUCUCUCUAACCUCGCUUGCUUGUGGAAUAAGUUUUGUUUUGACAGGACUAAUUGAAGCAGCAGCACUAGAAUACUCGGGGCUUCAAAUUGAUGAGUUAAGUUUGGAUGAGAAGGCGGAGAUCUUGUUUUUGGAUCAAGGAAUUGCAACAACGGUGGUCCUUGCAGUUUUGUAUAGCCUGACAAAAUCAUUCUCCCCCCUUCCUAAUGACAUAUAUCGAUAUGAUUGGAGGGAUCCUUUCAAUCUUCAAAAAGGUUGGUUGUUAUGGGCUGGGAUUGGUCUUGGCGGAGCUUUGGCUGCCAUAGCUGGAACAGGAGUUGUGAUGUCCUUUUUCAACGGUGAGCCCCCACAGAGAGAGACUGACGCCCUUGUGCGCUUACUCCCAUUAAUUGGGUCCUCGAGUAUCAGCACUGCCGCUUUGGUAGGUAUCGUGGGUGUACUUGCUCCUAUUCUCGAGGAAACUGUCUUUAGAGGUUUUUUCAUGGUGUCUCUGACAAAAUGGCUGCCAACACCAUUUGCUGUGCUCGUCAGUGCUGCCGUAUUUGCAGGAGCACAUCUCACUCCGGGCGAAUUUCCUCAGUUGUUUGUACUUGGAACGGCAUUAGGAUUAUCGUAUGCUCAAACGCGCAACCUUCUAACGCCAAUCACAAUCCACGCCUUCUGGAACUCCGGUGUUAUCUUGCUUCUAACCUUCCUUCAGCUGCAGGGAUACGACAUCAAGGAAUUGUUAAAAGGGUAUUGAAUGAGAAUACAAAGGAGAUUCACCUUUCCUGUAUCUACUGUGUUACAACUCUUUUCCAUAUAAAUCCAAUAUUUCGAGAACUGUACAUGCUACUAACUCUUAAAAAGGAAUCGAAUGUUACUCUACUACUGGGUAGUUCAUCGAA